AUGAGUACAAUUAAGCGAAAGAAGCGCCCUUCUACGUCGCUUAGUGAUUCAGACAAGCGAAAUUUUCAAGCUAUAGAUGAAAAGGACUCAGAAAGUGAAGUAAUAGACCAAGAUUCAGAUCACAAACAUUGGAAUGAAUCGCGGCGGGUUAUUUUUUCACUUGGUGCGUUAUUAGGGUUGUUGAUUGCAUUGUAUGUGGGUACAAAUGUUGAUAGGCAGACAUAUGAAGGGUUGGAUAAAUACGUGAAUUUUGAGUCUUUACAGGAGUAUAUGGUGGACUUGAAGGAUUCAGUUCCGUCUACUCUUUCUGCUCUCAUUGCUGAUUUCCAAUUGACAAACUUUCACAAGCCUCAUGAAGACCUGACGACGAAUUUUGCAGUUGGGCGUCAGUUACGGAGAGAAUUGAACUUAACUAGUAAACACCCGGUUAUAAUGGUUCCCGGAGUUACUUCUACUGGUAUUGAAUCUUGGGGGCUACAUAAGUCCUCUGAGUGUGACAGUGAACCUCACUUUAGGAAACGUUUAUGGGGCUCAUUUUACAUGUUGAAGACUAUGGUACUUGAAAAGUCGUGCUGGCUAAAACAUGUGAUGCUGGAUCCCGAAACGGGGCUUGACCCAAGUAAUUACACCCUCCGAGCAGCGCAAGGGUUUGAGGCAGCAGAUUUUUUUGUUGCGGGCUUUUGGAUUUGGAACAAGGUACUCCAGAACUUGGGUGCUAUUGGAUAUGAGCCUAAUAAGAUGAUCACUGCAGCAUACGAUUGGCGGCUUGCUUAUCUUGAUUUGGAACGCCGUGAUCAGUAUUUUAGCAAGCUGAAGCGUGAUAUCGAACUAAGCUAUGAUUUGACUGGUGAGAAAACUGUGCUUAUCGGCCAUUCUAUGGGAGCGCAGGUGAUCUACUACUUUUUGAAAUGGGUCGAAGCCGAUGGUGAAUACUAUGGAAAUGGUGGUGACGGUUGGGUUGAAAAAUAUAUAGACUCAUUUGUCAAUGUGGCAGGGACUUUACUUGGUGUGCCGAAGACAGUUCCUGCGCUAAUCAGCGGCGAGAUGAAAGAUACGAUCGAUCUGAACUCCUUGGCAAUGUAUGGUCUAGAAAAGUUCUUCAGCCGUAAAGAGCGUCUUGAAAUGCUUCAGACAUGGGGUGGAAUCCCAUCAAUGCUGCCUAAGGGCGGCAAUCUUGUCUGGGGUAACAUGAGCUACUCUGUGGAGGACGUGGUUAGCAACAAUACAGACACGUAUGGUAAUUUCAUUAGGUUUGAACAUGACCCAAACGAAUUAUCUCCUCGUAAUCUCACUAUGGAAGGUGCUAUAGAAUACAUAUUGAAGUUUUCGCCCCCAUGGUUGCAGAAGCGUAUCCACGAUCAAUACUCAUUUGGAUAUGCUAAAUCACGGGAAGAACUUGAGAACAACGAGAAACAUCACUCUCACUGGACGAAUCCCUUGGAAGUGGCGCUCCCCAACGCUCCCAACAUGAAAAUAUACUGUCUAUACGGAGUUGGUAACCCCACAGAGCGAGCUUAUGUCUACCAGGAGGACAGUAAGUCUUCAGGUCUCAACGUUACAAUAGCUUACGAUAGCAAUCCUCCGGUUUUCUUCACAGACGGUGACGGUACUGUACCAGUUCUAACUCAUGCAAUGUGUCACAAAUGGGCACAGGGCCCUUCACCUUAUAACCCUGCGAACAUUUCCGUCACCAUUGUAGAGAUGUUGCACCAGCCCGAGCGUUUUGAUAUAAGAGGCGGUGCCAAGAGCGCUGAACAUGUUGAUGUUCUAGGAAGAGCAGAAUUAAACGAGUAUAUUCUUAAAAUAGCUGCUGGCAAAGGGAGCUCCAUUGCAUCCCAUUAUAUUACCAACAUGACAGAAUGGACUAGAAUAUUAUCAUUCCCACUUUAA